AUGGCGGUUGCGGUGCUGCAGUGCCCCCUGAAGCCGACUCCCGAAGUGGAAUCAAUGAUGUCCGAAGCCCCCCAGCCGGUGGAGCCAACUGUCGGGGAGGCCGACAAAAGUGCCGGUGACAGCGGUGGCACGGAUGGCAGUCGUCGUGGCCCUCCCGCGCCUCCAAAGCCACCUCCAACGGCGAAAGUGGGGUCAACAGGCACGACCACUGAGCCUGGCGUCGCUAGCCCAACAGCGCCAGGAACGUCCCCACCAAAACCAGCCACACCAAAACCAGCCCAACCAGCACCAUCCCCACCAAAGCCAUCCCCACCAGUGCAAUCCUCACUCACGCCUUCCCCACCAGUGACAUCCCCACCAGCACCAUCCCCACCAGCGCAAUCCCCACCAGUGACAUCCCCACCAGCACCAUCCCCACCAGCGCAAUCCCCACCAGUGACACCCGCACCUGCGCCAUCCCCACCAAAGCCAUCCCCACCUGCGCCAUCCCCACCAAAGCCAUCCCCACCUGCCCCAUCCCCACCAGCACCACCCACACCAGCGCAAUCCCCACCAAAGCCAUCCCCACCAGCACCAUCCCCACCAACGAAAUCCCCACCAGCACCAUCCCCACCAGCGCCAUCCCCAAAAGCACCAUCCCCACCAGCGCAAUCCCCACCAGUGACACCCCCACCAAAUCCAUCCCCACCAAAACCAACCCCACCACCUCUGGUAAGACCACCCAUGUUGGCUUGCACGAUCGGACAAGAGAACGUGCUCAUUCACUUGGUGCCCCCCGAUGGAACAUGUGACGUCGUAUUCUACACGGACGUCUUCUUCAACGACACGAAUAGCAAGAUAGAGCCGUUGCACGGCGACACCGCCUUCGAUGUGAUCCGGUAUUUCGUAGAGCAUUACACGAAGACAACGUUCGGGACUUCGAUGCACCCGGGGACGAUCGGUCAAUUCAUACGCAACAAAAAGCAGGAUAUUAAGAGCGCCAUGACCAAGCUCUUCAAUGACAAAUUCGUGCACUUCGGCAUGCUGAACGUAGAUAAUAUAGAGGACUACGACACGCUCAAAGAUGGACCACUGCAAUACUUGAGUAUUGUGGGCGACUUCCUAACUAAGCCUGGCCACCACUGCGCCUUGGGAGUAGGCCUGAAUAAAGGAUCGCUAGGUGAACAGAUCCUGGACAAAGCCAAAUUAGCCAUCAAACACUUCCCAAGUAUAACUAUUAUCGUCAUAAAAGUACACACGGACAAAGCCGUGUACUCUUUUCCGCUGUACACUGUUUCGCCAAACCCCGACCUGCUGAACCUGGCCAGCUUAGACUAUCUGACAAUGGUAUGCACAUACAGCAAGAUUAGUCCGGACCCCGAGGAUGUUGGAGGCUCGUACGUCGCCAACGUGACCGCGAAGUUUCUGGCCCUUUUCGACACCAGCAAGAAUGUAAAAGCCAAGAUCGCCGCUCGCAAAGCAGCCAAGUUUCCACCGAGUUCCGGUGGCAUAAUGGCGUAUCGAGUGGACAUGGACGACUACGACGACAGCUGCGGUGAGGGGGAGUUUCCACGAGUCAAAGUAAUCAAAAGCGAGCUGCAAAAGUGACGAGGUGCUUGGCUCCCGACCUAGUGUGGCAGCUCCAAGAUGUCGGCCACCACUCCAGCUCGCUUCGUUGUUGGCCAAGACGAAAAGACCACGCCUGAACUUUUUUAGCGUCGCGACGCAACCGAACAGAAUAUUUCGUUUAUUGUGCUUACUGGUUCUUUCUUCUUUAUAGAUAUAUAACGUUUUCUUGUUGUUGUUUUUUUUACUGUACCGUCGUCUCUACUGUUGCAAAGUAUUUCCUGAUAGAGCACAAUACAUAGUUUUCGAAUUGUGAGAAUACAAAAAGUUUAAAUAAAACCCAGAAGUGUGCGCAACAUAAGGAGGAAAGAAACACGACUCCACAGCGGUU